GCAAGUUGAUUGAAUAAAAUUAAGAACAUGGAAUAUAAUACGGAUGCAGUUCCUUGAGCACCAUUUCUUCCAAAGUGCAUAUUCUGCAGAUUGUUGGCCUGAAUGAUUGAUUGAUAAGCAGCAUAUACAAGACUAAUAUCAAGAAAACAUUCCGUCUGUUGCUUCUGUGUUUGACAAAUCUGGUGUAGAGUCACGUCUUCUGAAAUGCAGUUGAAAAAAAUGAGGGAAAUUUUACCAAGAUUGUACCCUGGCCAAGUUAAUGAUAAAAAUUCCUUAACUACAUCCCCAAAGCAAUCUUCUGAGGAUAAAACAAACCCAUCAAAAGGGGAUGAUGACCAGAACUGCUGUUACCAAGGGACUGAGGCUGAGAAUAAUAAGUUGUCACUGAUAAGCUGUAUAAAAUGCAGAAGUGUUCAGCAAGUUUCAAUGCAAGAUAUAGAAAAGCAUAAGAAGCUUGGGUGGACUGAAGACAAAAAUCUCAUCUGCAAGAAGUGCAGUCGUAUUACACCACCAGCUUUCCAUUUUGUUCCUGGGGGUGCCAAUGCUGUAGACUUUGAAAAACAUGAAAAAAAAUCCCCAAGUAAAACGCAGAAAACAUUUAAAGUUAAAAACUUCCUGCCAGGUAAAUACUACUGUGAUAAAUGUAGAUUUUCAACAAAGGAUCCUUUGCAGUAUAAAAAGCAUGUAGGUCAACAUGAAGAAAUUAAAUUUAUUUGUUCCCACUGUAGUUACGUAUCCUACACCAAAGGAGAAUUCCAGAGACAUUUGGUGAAACACACUGGAACUUUUCCAUAUCAGUGUGAAUACUGUGAAUAUGGUGCUGUUAGACAUGACUAUAUAGUAAAACAUACGAGAAGAGUACAUGAAACACCCACAAAAAGGCUGUCAAAUACUAUCGUAAACCACAAGCAAAAGAAGCUGAGUCAAAGCACUUUAUUUGAAAAGCAGAAAUAUGAUAAAAUUCCUUUUCAGAAUGAACUUUCAAAUUUGCCUUCAAAUAUGGUUUGUGAGUUUCCAGAUAAAGUAACUAAAACAGUCUGUUCAUCUCAUGAUGUAGAAUGUAGUGUAAACACAGCGUCAGUCCAGGAUAAAACAAUAUUGGAGCCAUCUGAAAUAAGCAUAUGUGAGAAUCAAAGUGUUGAAGUUGAGGUUUAUUCUCCAAAAACGGAGCCUUUACAACCUGGGAUGCCUUUAACAGUAAUUGCACCAUCUGAACUUGUAGUUCCUUCUAACUGUUUAGCUCAGAUAGUAGAGAUUAAAAUAGUGAAUGGAGCACAACAGCUGGUUCUUAAACUAAUUCCUAUGAAAGAAGCCACUUACAAACCUGUGAACGGUGCUGAAGAGGAACUUGAGAAUCAAGGUACAGAACGAUCUGCAGAAGGAAAAAAAACAUCUUCUGUAUCUCAAAAUGAGUUAUUAACCAUGGAAGUGAAUGUAGACAAAUUAUCCAGUAUUAGUGACCAGCUUAAUUUGGAUAGUACAUAUGACAAGAAUUCUGAAUGUGUUUGUUUUUCUGAUUCUCCACUCUCAGACUGUAACUCUGUAUCUAUACAGAGGGAAGAUGCAUCAAAAUUAUGCUUUCAGUUGGUGAAAGGUAUUGAUGUCCAUUCAGGUGUUAUAGAACUUUGUUCUCCGUCUCUGGUGAUGAAUAGUACUGAAAAAAAAAGUGAUGUUAAAUCGUCAAGGUGGGAAGUAGAUAGAAAAAAUAACUUGCAUUAUGACUUGUAUUGUUAUGAAGAAGGUGUGGAUAUACCCCCUCCAAAAUAUGCUGCUAUUUCUGAAGAGAAAAGUUCCAAGAACAUUUCAGUAGAAGCCACUCAGGAGGGCAAAAUUUCCUCUUCUUCUGCAGUUCUUAAACAAAAGGAUAUAUUGCCUCUAAAGAGGGAUGACAAAGAAUGUAGGAGUCUGCCAGUCAGCUCUACAGAAAUACAUUUAGCUGGUAAAAGUUUUGAUAAAAAAUCUGUUACAUGUUCUGAAGCAGGAAAAAACUUUCCUGUCACUAAAACUCCGCCUUGCGAGGACACGACUUUUGGCUUUAGCAAAGUAAAGAGAGCUGAAAGCAUAAGUCAAAAGAACAAUCUUCUUCUGGAAUCAUUAGAACUACAGAAGAUGGAAAAUAAAGGCAACUCUUUUGAGGGACCUGUUAUUUCGUCUGUAUUUUCUCUUAGCUCUGGGGCUGAAAAUGUUCCAGAGGGUGUCAGAUGGGAUGACACAACGUGCAAUAAGAAGUCAGCAACAUUGCUGUGUAGAAAGAUUGCUCAGCUCAUGUCUGCUGCUGAAUCUAACGUGAAAUCCAUGUCUUUGAGAUGUCAAGGUUCUAGUAAAAAGGUGCUUUUCCCUCAAGAAAAUUCAGCAAGCUGUGAGAGGGUUGUUCCUGCCACUGAAGUGGAACAGUCUGCAUCUUUGCCUCAAGUGCACGGUGGAAGCAGUGUGAUUAGUUGUGAAGAACACAGUAAAGAUCAGUUGCUUACAUUUGCAAGAACAUCUAAAAGCAGGGUGACUAAAAAUUCCCAUGUUGCUACUCCAGUGUUUAUCCCCAAAGGGACAAUGCUGAGAGUGCUGAAUGCUACUAGCAGUCAAAAAUCAAACGGAAUAGAAAAUGGGAGUGAAACAUCAGCUCCUUCUGUGUAUUGCAAUGAAAUGUUUCUGCCUCGCCCAGUUCCCGUCAGUGUUUCUGAGACACUUAGCAGUAAUUUGCCAUGUUUGCCUAAUCAGAGUGAGCCAAAUGCUCAGUCCCGAAAUAUAUCACUCAGGCAAAGACCAAAGCGAGAGGCAAGUGUUAAAAACAAACAAACUGGUGUACCCUUUCAGAAAACCAGUGAUGUGAGUAAGCAAAGCAAACCCUACUCAAGAAGUCAACUAGGUCCCAAAAACAAGGUGAAACAAGCAAGCUUCAAGGAACUUCCUAAGAGGAAAACAAGAACUCAGUCAGAAACCAGUUCAAGUUCUGACAUGUCAUAUCUGUUGACAGCAAGACGCCUUCGCCUUGUCCCUCUGAGAGCGAAUCAGUUGAUAAAAUGCCCUCGUCGUAACCAGCCAGUUGUGGUACUAAACCAUCCUGAUGUUGACUCGACAGAGAUAAUUAAUGUCAUGAAGACUAUCAACAAGUAUAAAGGUCAAGUCCUGAAAGUAGUUCUGUCAGAAAGGACAAGUAGUUGUCUUGGUGUCAAACGUUAUCGAAAGCGUCUUACUCUUCAAAAUGUUGAGACAGGAAACCAAGCAAAAAAGCAGAGUAUGCUAAAAAUGAAACUAAAAAAGACCCAUAAAAACAACUACCAGGUGGUGGAAACUUCACCAGCUGAAACACUUCAGUGUAUGUUUAAGUGUUGGUUUUGUGGAAGGGUAUAUAUGGACCAAGAAGAAUGGAUAAGUCAUGGACAGAGGCACUUGAUAGAGGCAACCAAGGGUUGGGAUGUUCUUUCUCUUCCAGCAAAAAAGCAUUAA